AUGAUCGGGGCCCUGCUGUUGUCCACAUUGGUGGCUGGAGCUCUCAGCUGUGGGCUCCCCACAUACGCGCCCCAUCUGCCUAGGGUCGUUGGAGGUGAAGAUGCGAGUCCCAACAGCUGGCCCUGGCAGGUCUCCCUGCAGUACAGCUCCAGUGGCAAGUGGCGCCACACCUGCGGAGGGUCUCUGGUGGACCCAAGCUGGGUCCUGACAGCUGCUCACUGCAUCAGCUCCUCCCGGACCUACCGCGUGGUGCUGGGCCGGCAAAGCCUCUCCACCGAUGAGCCCGGCUCGCUGGCUGUCGCGGUCUCCAAGUUCGUGAUACACAGUGACUGGAACUCCAACCAGCUCUCCAACGGGAACGACAUUGCCCUGCUCAAGCUGGCCAGCACUGUCACCCUGACUGACAAGAUCCAGCUGGGCUGCCUGCCACCCGCCGGCAGCAUCCUGCCCAACAACUACAUCUGCUACGUCACGGGCUGGGGAAGGCUACAGACCAACGGGGCUCUUCCCGACAUCCUGCAGCAAGGCGAGCUGCUGGUUGUGGAUUACGCCACGUGCUCCCAACCCAGUUGGUGGGGCAGCACUGUGAAGACCAAUAUGAUCUGUGCUGGGGGCGACGGUGUGAUCUCCAGCUGCAACGGGGACUCCGGGGGACCACUGAACUGCCAGGCGGCUGACGGCCAGUGGGAAGUGCACGGCGUGGUCAGCUUCGGGUCCUCCCUCGGCUGCAACUACUACCGCAAGCCUUCCGUCUUCACACGGGUCUCCAACUACAACGACUGGAUCAAUUCGGUGAUUGCAAAUAACUAA